AUGGGCGUCAGGGAUGUGAUGGAGCUAGAUGAGCUAGACGAGCUAGACAAGCUUGAUGAGCUAAUUGACGAUGAGGAUGAGAGGCUAGUUGAGGUGCUAGAAGAGGAUGUAGAUGAGGUUGUAGAUGAGGUUGUAGAGGCUGGGGUGGAUGUUGGAGUGGAUGAGGAUGAGGAAGUAGAGGAAGAUGAGGAGGUCGUCGAUGACGAGGAAGAAGAGCUAGAGCUUGGUGUUCCAGUAGUUGUAGAGCUCACGGCGGAUGAGGUAGAGGAGCUCGAGACUGAAAAUGCCGAGGUGCUAGCCGUUGAUGACGCAGAAGAGCUAGACGCUGGUGCGACAGACGAACUUCCAGACGAAGAGGUCGACGAGCUGAUACUAGAGGACACAGUUGACGACGCCCCUGAAGAAGUUGAGGAAGAGCUGAUUGGUGACUCAGAGGAACGGGUAGAUGGCGUAGAAGCACUUGAGGUAGACAGCCCGGAAGAGCUUGAGGGUGUCGGCUGGGGGGAUGAGCUAGUAGAUGCAGAAGAGGUUGUACCCUGGGGUCCGGGAGAUGUACUACUGGAUACUGUUCCUGGUGGAGUUGGAGAUGAGCUGCUAGGGUUGGUUGAUGUUGACGAGGUCGUCUGGAUGUUCCCAGAAGACGUGCUGACAGGCGGCAAUACGGAGCUUGUUGAUAGACUGGUGACUACAGUGGACGAACCCGAUGCCGAUGGUCCCGAGGAUGUACCAGCGCCCGAUGUGGAAGAGCUAGUCGUCGACAAUGUAGAAGAACGAACUGUGACACUUCCAGUGCCACUUGAUAGCGAGCUAGCUGUGGAUCCCGACCGACUGGUGCUUCCACCAGAGCUAGAGCUAGAAGGUGUAAUUGACAAGACGGGCGUGACAGGCCCACUUGUCCGGCUUGUGGGUGUGGCGGAGGAGGUUGCAGAAGGCGGAGGACCGGCAGAACUCGAAGUUGCAACAGAUGGACUGCUUGAUGCGGCGCUAUUUGUAGAUGACGACCGGGUAGAUACUAGAGUGGCUGUGCUGCUGAUGCUAGACUGCGAGGUUGUUGAGGUCAAGCCUGGAGGGACCGGAAUGCCACUGGUUGAGACAGAGCUUCUAGAUGUGGACGAAGUCUGA